GAGCAGAUCGGACUCUCCUUGUUCGAACACUUUGCUCGGCUCCUUCCGGCAACCAUGUCUGACAAACCGGAUAUAGCUGAGAUCGAGAAAUUCGGUAAGUCGAAAUUGAAGAAGACAGAAACGCAAGAGAAAAAUCCUCUGCCUUCAAAAGAAACGAUUGAACAGGAGAAGCAAGCUGGCGAAUCGUGAUGAGGCGAGCGCCGCCAAUAUGCACUGUACAUUCCACAAGCAUUGCCUUCUUAUUUUACUUCUUUUAGCUGUUUAACUUUGUAAGAUGCAAAGAGGUUGGAUCCAGUUUAAAUGCCUGUGCUGCCCCUUUCACAUCAAAGAAUCAGAACUACUGACCAGGAAGGCCUCCACUGCCUCUCCCACCCAUCUGUCCAUCUGGCUGGCAGGGAGGGGAAAGAACUUGUAUGUUGGUGAAGGAAAAAGCAGGGUGGGAAGUGGUGAAAUACAGAGUCAAAUUCAAGGUGGUCCAAGGUGUCCUGCAGGAUGUAAAAUGCAGUUUAA